AUGCAUGGAUUGUCCAUGCUUCCUUCCACUCUCCUGUUAACAUUCCUCUUCGAAGCGACAUUCUUCUUUAGCCUCGCAUGUCGAUCCCAACUCGUUAGACACUCGUGUUUCCUACUCCUCCUAUGGAUACUAUACACCACAGUCCUUCGAAAAUCCUCUUCUCCACCAGCCAACAGCGAUGUUGGAUAUGCCAUGCUUCUCCUUCUACAGACGUGGAUUGCAUCCGACGUUCUCGUUUUGACGAAGGAUCUCCACAACACGUUCAGGAGACUCGAUAAAAAGGGCCGUAUUGAUACGGAUAUAUCCUCUGCACCAUUCACGGAGCGGCUAGUGUGGGGGUUUUCGCUUGUUACGAACCCUCGAGGGAUUGGAUGGGAACAUGGGAGUUCUCCGAGGUUACCUUACAACCAGGACCGCGCUGAUAAUCCCCGGAUACAGAUAGACUCUCGAAAACACUUCCUACUCCAUAAAAACAUCGCUCUCAUCAUAUCUAUUGGGUACUUCCGACUGUCGAGCUAUAUCACACGGUCAUCCGUGUCUUCCUUUCUCCAGAUCCGGAUAAAAGACGAUUUCGUUUGGGGAUUCAUCACUUCUGUGGUUUACGUUUCGAGGGUUGUCGCUUAUUGUAAUUCGCUCCAUCUUGGAUUGGUUAUCGUGAUGGUGGGGAUAGGUGUUUGGGAUUAUCAGCAGUGUCCGCCUUUGUUUGGGGAUUGGACUGAGGGGUAUAGUCUGAGGAAUGUUUGGGGGCGUGUUUGGCACCAACUCCUUCGACGAAUCCUCAAAUCUCAUGCAUCGUUCAUUCUAUCCCUCUUCCGCAUCUCACCGAACAGCACUUAUCGAAGUUCUUACUACGUCAUCCGAAGCCUUACCGCCAUCCUGCUAUCAGGUCUCCUCCACCAAACCAUGGCGUCCAUCUCCCCACCUCGGAAAGCGUACAAUACAGUUUUUUCCUUUCUCACAGGACCAGAUAUGCAGUUUUUCUUUUCGCAAGCACUUGGGGUUAUGCUGGAAACUGUAGGGAUGUGGAUGUGGCGGUCACUGUACUCUAUAGCUGCGAAAGGUCGAAACGAGAAGGAAAUGGGGAAAGAUGAGGUGAAGUGCAUCCGUAACCGCUACUGGCAUUAUUCCCGGGUCAUCGGAUACCUUUGGGUCGUAUCGUGGUGCUCGUGGACUGUUCAGAGACAUAUGAACGGUGUCGUUGGAUUGGGGCUAAUGCACGAUCCGGAUUUUGAUCCAAGGAAGUUCGAGUUGAAUCCUCCGGAGAUGUGGAAGUGGCUGAAAAACUGA